ACUUUCCUGCAGCGUGUAUUAUAUCGACGGACGGUCCGGACGAAUACGCCACUUGGGAAACAGGAAGCAGCGUUGAACAAGUGAAAGCCCUCUCAUCGGCCGGGCGGCGAGACAAAAGCGGGGGUGGGAGGUGGCCAGCAGAGCCAGACCCGAGUAUAAAUAAUCAAGUCAAAAGUACGGAGACGGCACACACACAAACCGCUUUCGUUCACACAGUGUGAAUUAUACGGUGCAGUACGAUUUAAUAACAUUCGCAAUGUUAUUACUGUCGCGAUACUCGUUGUUGUUGUGCGUGGUCUGUUGCCCGUCAUGGGCCGUUACGUCGCAAAGCAAUUUGCAAAAACGCGGCGGUGCCGACGGUUCGGGAAUGUCGUUCGGCUACGGUUUUCAUCUGAAACACGACGGCGGCGCCGGACAUCAACAGGAGCAGUACGCGUCGUUCCGGUCGGGGCAUGGCAACGUUGGCGGUCAUCAGAAGCAACAGCAACAGCAACACCUGUCAUUCCAGUCAACACACGACGAUGACGGUCACAAAGAACAGAAGUCGCAGCAGCAGUAUCCGUCAUUCCAGUCAGAACACGGCGAUCACGGUCAUAAAGAACAGAAGUCGCAGCAGCAGUAUCCGUCAUUCCAGUCAGAACACGGCGAUGGUGAUCAUAAACAACAGCAGUACCCGACGUCGUUCCAGUACGUGCAAUACGCUAGUGGUGAGCACAAUCAACAGCAACAGCAGCACCCGUCGUUCCAGUCGGAACACGGCAACGGCGAUUAUCAACAGCCACAGAAGUACCCGUCGUUCCAGUCGGAACACGGCAACGGCGAUUAUCAACAGCCAAAGAAGUACCCGUCGUUCCAGACGGAACACAGUGAUGACAGUCAUCAGCAACAGCAGCAAUACCAAUCUUUCCAGACGGAACAUAGCGACGACAGUCAUCAUCAUCAGCCGCAACAGCAACAUCAAUCUUUCCAGACGGAGCACAGCAACGACAGUCAACAACAGCAGCAGCAGUACCCGUCGUUCCAGACGGAACACAGCGACGACAGUCAUCAACAGCAGCAGCAACACCAAGCGUUUCAGUUAGAACAAAGCGACGAUCAAUAUCAGUACAAGUCGUUACAGUCGGAACACGGCGGCGGACAACAACAACAGCACUUGCAGCAGUACCAUCACGAUGAACCCAAAAUUUCGGUGAUCGAGAAAAAGAUACCAGUGCCGGUGCACGUCGAGGUCGAGAAGCCCGUGCAUUACGUGGUCCAGGUGCCGGUGGAUAAACCACGCGCAGUACACAUUCCUCAACCGUACCCGGUCAAGGUGGAGAAGCCGGUCCCGUACCCGGUCAAAGUGUACGAGCCGCAGCCGUACCCGGUGGAGAAGAAGGUGCCCGUGGCCGUCAAGGUGCCGUACGACCGGCCCGUACCCGUGCACGUCGACAAACCGUACCCCGUAUACAAAGAUAAAGUGGUCCCGUAUCCCGUGUACAAGCAUGUGCGCGUCCCGGUGAAGGUGCCGUACGACAGGCCGGUACCCGUUCACGUGCCCGUCGUCAAGAAGAUUCCGUUCCCGGUCGACAAGCCUAUCCCCGUACCAGUCAAGGUGCCGUACGACAGGCCCGUGCCGUACAACGUGUACAAGAACGUACCCGUGCCCUACGAGAAGCCUGUCCCGUACCCGGUAGAGAAAAAAGUACCGUACCCGGUCCGAGUCCCUGUUCACGUACCAGUCCACGUGCCGGUCAAGGUCGAACAUCACCACCACAAAGAGCCAGAAAAGUUCACUCACCAUGACGCCAUAGUAGGUUACGGCGGCGGACAUAACGAUUACAAGCAAAUCGAAGACACCAGCUUCGUGAACGGCCAUCACGGCCAAUCGCAGUACUCUGAAGUCGGCCAACACGGCCAGCAACAGUACCCCGAAAUCGACCAUCAUCAUCAACAAGAACAUUUCGGCGGCUCGGAUGUUAACCAACAACACGAGCAUUCGUACUGACAGCGAUGUCUUUUCGUACAGAAAUAACACUUAUCUUAUUUGUUUUGUUUUGUUUUUACUUUUUUAUGCUCGUGUGAUAUUAAUAUAUUAGGCAUAUUAUUACUAUUAAUACGUUUAAUUAAUAUUUAUAAAAUCAGUCAUAGUUUAAAAAUAUUUGUGAUUUUAUUUCGUUAAUAUGAGAAUAAAAUUGUUUUUGUAAUUUGAUAAGCCAUGUAUGAGUGAUUAUUAAUAAGCCACUAUUGAGUGACAUAAAUUACCACAAAAACCGCAGAUAGCGUAGGAUGGCCGUAGAAUGGGAAAACGCGAUUAAAAAAAAAUAUAAUAAUAUUACUAAUUUCUCAUUCCUUAAUGUUUUUAAGACGUU